AUGGAGACAACCUGGGUGCCACGAAAGCCACGCCUCUUGGCAAUCUCCCUCCUUCACCACGAGAUCCAUAACGAAUACUGGCGCCCAUUUUAUCGUGAAGCAGCGCGCUACGUCACUCUUCAAGUAGCCACCGAGCCAGAAACCGCCAUUCAAGUCUUGCAACAGAGCACGCCCCCCAAGGCCGUCCUCAUAACCGACGGUGGCCUCGCGCGUCCGGAGAAUGGCCACGUCUGGUAUUCCGUUCUAGCAUAUGUGCACCAAGGAGGCACCGCGAUCGCGAUGGGGUUCUUCUCUUACGUCCUGGUCGAGGCGGAAGUGAACUCGUUCUUCUCACUGGCCGGUCUGGAUUGGCGGGCUAGGGCGUGCCCGGAGGGACUCUCUGCGAUGCUGAACAGAGACGCAGACCAGGUGGGUUCGACAGGGCUUCCGACGGACUUCAUCUGCUGCCAAUCGUUCUACUUGACAGACGUCGGCUUCGAUGAGGCUUGGUAUGUUGGGCAGCCUGAAUGCAAAAGGCUCAAGAAUGGCGAAACGUUCUUUGGGCCUUGCUGUAAGGGUAUUCCGGUCGGUGUUCCUGCGGCUUUUGGAAAGAUUGGAAAGGGUCAUCUUGGAUAUGUCGGAGGUCAUGAUCCUGCUUGUGGUUCGGGCGAUACUGUUUGGGCUAUGUGUGCCUUGCCUCCGCUGUGCCGCAAAUUCUUCAGAAAGCCGAUGGUGGCAUGGCGCGAGUGA